UAGCGUAAUAAUUUGUCUGUCACAGAAAAACAAUUCAAAAAAUAAGCUUGUGUUCGGAGAAUUAACAAAACAAAUUUUAUUGGAACGCCAUGUGCGUUUCCAGCAUCGCUUAAAGUUUUAAAGAAUAAAAUAUAUCCAGUCAAAAAUCAAUAAGCUCAUCAGUCAUUCUCGUAUCUGGAGCACGGACCAACCCCCAAUACGCAUGCAGCGAAAAAAAUAAAGGAAUUGGAGUAAUAUUGUAAAUUGGAGAAAGCAGUCAUCAUGUUUAAACCAAUUGACUUGCUGCACGUGCUAAUAUUCUGCACAUUAGCCGCCUUAUGCCUGUGUGCGCUAAAUGAUCCCUACAAGGAGCUGGGCGUUAGCCACACAGCCUCGCAGCAGGAAAUAAGACGCGCCUACAAGCAAUUGGCCAAGGAAUGGCAUCCGGACAAAAGCAGCCAUCCGGAAGCCGAGCGAAAGUUUGUGCAAAUCAAAAAGGCCUACGAGCUGCUGAGCGACGGGGACCGGCGGCGCAUCUACGAUCGACAUGGCAUAACCAGUGAGGAUUCGCAUUAUCUAAAGCAAAAGCAUGACUAUAGCGGCUACAAUCGCUUCGGAUUCGACCCGGUCGAAGAGUUCUUUGGCAAGCAAUUCGGCUUUGACCAGGACAUUAGCCUGUAUCACAAGCUAUCGGUCACAUCCAACUACUUCGAGCACACGAUUAUACCGAAGAGCAAGAACAAGCUGCACAUUAUUAUGUUCUACAAUGACUGGUGCUUUGGCUGUAUACGGAUAGUCGGUGCAUUCAAGAAGCUGAUCGACACAUUCGAGCCCUUGGGCGUACACUUUGCGACCAUCAAUGCGGCGCACGAGCCGACCAUUUUGCGCAAGACAGGAGCGGAUGAUAUACCCAGAAUGGUGCUGGUCCUGGCCGGACAUAGCUAUGUUUAUCGCGAGAAUAUCUAUACCCAGCAGAAAUUGGCCGAGUUUAUACGCAAGAAGAUGCCCUUUAAGAUUGGUCAGCGUGUCAAUGAUGAUAAUCUCGAUGAAUUUCUAAAUGGUUGGACCGAUAAUCGGGUGCGUGCUCUGGUCCUGGAGCCAAGGAGCAUAACCAGAUUGAGAUACCUGAUAAGCGCCUUUGGCUUUCAUGAUCGCGUCGCAUUCGGCUUUGUCGACCUGACCAGUAAGGGCACCAAGUUGAUAGCGGAUCGCUUUAAAGUAAAUCCCAAAUUGGAUACGCUCUUUCUGUUCAAUGAGGACUCCUUGCGGGCUGUUGCCAGCAUAUCGAUGGCCGAUAUACCCACCCAAACGCUGGAUAAUAUCAUCUCGACAAAUCAAUUUCUAUCGCUGCCCCGGCUGUCGUCGCAGGAUGUGCUCGAAGGUGUCUGCCCGGCCGAGUGGAACAGGCCCCGGAAGCGAUUGUGCGUCGUACUUAUAACAGAAAACUCACCUGAAUAUGAUAUAGCGCGUGGUGCACUGCGACACAUUGCUCUGGAGUCGGGCUACAGUAUGGAGAGAGUUCGCUUUGCGUACAUGUACAAGGAGAAGCAGGCCGAGUUUCUCAAUGCAAUUUCCAAGGGCUCGUUCGAGGACAAUCUCCUGAGACUUGUGGUCAUCUGGCGGCGUGACAGCACCCAAAUCAAAUACGAAUGGGUCGAUGGCGCCAAGCUGGACAUAAAAACAACAGAUUUUCUGAAUAAUAGUGCAAUCAAUACGACAAAACAUGAGAUCAAUCUUACCAUACAGAGACUUCUGAAGACAUCCGAGGCGCUGACCUAUGAGGCAUUCGUGCAGAACCUGCUGGACGAACACGCUCAGGGCAUAUUGAGCAAAUGGAUCACUAGAUUACUUUAUCUGGUCGACUAUCUGUCCGAUAAUAUUGAGGAUGAACAUUUGUUUGCCGCCUUAUCGCUGUUGGGCACCAUUGCAUUUAUGUUCGGCAUCGGAUAUGUCAUGAUGUACUUUGUGCGCGCCGAGGAGGAGAGUCUCAAGGCCCAGGGUCAGCUGAACGAGGGCCAGUGCAAUAAGCCGAGCAAGCCUGUGCCGGAGCUGAAGCUCUACGAGCUGCGCGCCGAGAAAUAUAAUGGUCUGGUGCGUCUGCUCAAGCCCGGCUGUCGCACCAUUCUCCUGAUUACCGAUAUGCAGAGCCGUACGAAGUUAAUUCCGCCUUAUCAUCGCGCUGUUUGGCCUUAUAGGCGCACCAAAACUUUGCUCUUUGGCCACAUGCUGAUCGAGAAGGGCCUGUCCUGGUACUCGGAGCUGUUGCGCUUGUCGUUAUGCACAAAUCAAAGCCUUAAGAUCAAUCCCAGAAAUUGUGUGGGCACCGUUAUAGCCUUAAAUGGACACCGAAAGUAUUUCUGCGUAUAUCAUGCCAAGCAUCCGGAAUGCGCGCGCGGCACCAAACGAAUGAUUAAAAUGACUAAGCAAUUGCUGGAUAGAAAUGAUGAUCCGGAAAUUGGAAACUUUCUGGGUGUCAACUAUUCGGAGGAAUCGGAUGUUGAGUCGAAUGUUCUGUUCGAGGACAACUUGUUGGAUGGUCUGAGCAACUGGCUCGAUCGCCUGUUCGAGGGCACAACACACAGAUACUACAUUAACUAUUGGCCAGAUUUUCCCACAAAGUAGACACGUCCCGAUCAACUAUUUAUGUAAAUUACUUUGUCAGCCCAAUUUCCUGUAAAUCCUUGUCUAGUCAAUAAAGAUAAUACGUAUUACUAUCA